UCGCAAAGACCUGCUGCUCGAUUGAUUAGGGUUUUUCCUUCUUCUGAUCACUGUUCUACCAAAACCUCUUCCCAUCUCUCGUUCUUCACCAUGAGUAGGUCAGGCCAGCCUCCAGAUCUUAAAAAAUACAUGGACAAGAAGCUUCAGAUAAAAAUGAAUGCUAAUCGCUUGGUAGUUGGAACUCUUCGUGGGUUUGACCAAUUUAUGAAUCUAGUCGUUGACAACACCGUGGAAGUGAACGGUAACGAGAAAACCGAUAUCGGCAUGGUGGUGAUUAGGGGCAAUAGCGUGGUAACCGUUGAAGCACUUGAACCUGUAAACAGGAUGCAGUGAUGGUGCACGCGUUGGAAUUUGCUGCUCUGUUUCAUAGAUUGAGUGAGUAAAACAUUCGGAACUGUUGCAUUUAUAAUUUUGGGAUGUUACGAAUAUCAGAUGGAUUUCUUGUGCUGCCAUCAUUCUGAACACCUGGCUUAUUAAUUUCAGCGAUGGGGUUUCUGUAUUUUGGAUUCAAUUACCUUGCAAAUCUUAGUGUAUGAAACCCAUCGUAUCACUUGAAGAUGUGUUCAUUAAUCCCAUUACAGAGGACCCGAAAAGAAGAAAUAGUUUCAACCCAGUUUGUAUCAA